GCGAGUCGCACGCGCUUUAAAAAGUCGAGAUGCGCGCGCGAUGUUCCCCACCUGAGCUAUUUCACACCUCAACAGUCCGAGCAGGAACCAAGGGCCAAACCCAGGAGCGUCUCCUCUCAUCUCUCCAUGAAGAUCUGGAUCAUGUGAGGAACCUGCAGUAAGGCGCUUCACUCUUGAUUACUUUAACAUGGCAUCGGAAGUUCAGAGCGCGUGCGCUGCAUUUCUCCUCGGAUGGAUUGUGUUUUCUAAUCCCGCGAGCGCCUACCUCUACAACAACCGCUAUGUCGGUGAUCAGGUUCUGAGAAUAAUUCCCAGCAGUCCAGAGGAGAUCCAUUAUCUCCAACAGCUUUUUCAGAACAUAACGGUGGACCUCUGGCAGCCCAGCAGCUCUAUCCUUAUCCACGAGGGCAAAGCGGUAGACGUCCACGUGGGACGAGACAAGACAGCACGUCUCAAAAAUCUGCUCAGACGGGCGCACAUUCAGCAUGAACUGCUUAUUUCCGACGUGCAAAGGGAAAUGGAGAAACAGACGGGGUACCGGUCUAACAGAAAGCGCAGAGCGGUGUUCCGGUACGAUUAUGAAGUGUAUCAUCCUCUGGAGGAGAUCCAGACUUGGAUGUUUGAAAUGAACCGGACACACCCACACCUAGUGGACUUGUUUUCUAUCGGACGAUCGUACGAAGGACGGCCCCUUUACGUGCUCCAGUUAGGAAACCGAGUUCGGACCAGUAAGAAGGCCGUGUGGAUGGACUGCGGCGUUCAUGCCCGGGAAUGGAUCGGUCCUGCCUUCUGUCAGUGGUUUGUGAAGGAAGCUUUGAACUCCUAUCAGCACGACUCCGGCAUGAGGCGACUGCUAAAGCAGCUGAACUUCUACAUCAUGCCCGUCUUCAACGUGGAUGGAUAUCACUACAGCUGGAAAAGUGAUCGCUUUUGGAGGAAAACACGAUCCAAAAAAGCCAAGUAUCACUGCAGGGGUGUCGAUGCCAACCGAAACUUUAAAGUGAAAUGGUGCGAAGAAGGCGCCUCCACGCAUCCCUGUGACGACACCUACUGCGGCCCGUUCCCCGAGUCCGAGCCCGAGGUGAAGGCCGUCGCCCGCUUCCUGCGCAAGCACAAGAAACACACCAAGGCUUACAUAUCCAUCCACGCCUACGCUCAGAUGCUCCUCUAUCCUUACUCCUACAAAUAUGGCACCAUCCCCAAUUUUGACUGUGUGGAAACCGCGGCUCAGAGCGCCGUGAGCGCCCUGUACUCCGCGUAUGGAGUCAGAUACAGAUACGGCCCUGCCUCCACCACACUGUACGUAAGCUCUGGGAGUUCUAUUGACUGGGCCUACAAGAACGGCAUCUCCUAUGCUUUCGCCUUCGAGCUGCGUGAUACAGGUCAUUACGGUUUCCUCUUGCCAGAAGCACUGAUUGCUCCCACGUGCACAGAGACCAUGAGGGCAGUAAGAGCCAUCGCUUCGGGCCUGCUGAAGAAAUGCACCCGAUGAAGAAAUAGCACUCUCUCUUUCUCUCUCUCUCUAUCCUUUUCUGUGUCACAUGUGCUCCAGCUCUGGGCACUAACCUGAACCUCCUGGCUAUUUCCACCAUGCCAAUUCUCAUAUUCCAAAAAUAUUCAUUAUACGCUAUAUUGCCAAAAGUUUUGGGACUUUCCAUGCACAUGAAUGUAAUAUGGAGUUGGCCCACCCUUUGCAGCCAUAACAGCUUCAACUCUUCUGGGAAGGUUUAGGAGUGUGUUUAUUGAAUUUUUGACCAUUCGCAUUUGUGAGGUCAGGCACCGAUGUUGGACGAGAAGGCCUGGCUCACAGUCUCCGCUCUAAUUCAUCCCAAAGGUGUUCUAUUAGGUUGAGGUCAGGACUCCACACCAAACUCGCUCAUCCAUGUCUUUAUGGACCUUGCUUUGGUCACUGGUGUGCAGUCAUGUUGGAACAGGAAGGGGUCAUCCCCAAACUGUUCCCACAAAGUUAGGAGCAUGAAAUUGUCCAAAAUGUCUUGGUAUGAAGCUGAAGCAUUGAGUUCCUUUCGCUGGAACUAAGGGGCCGAGUCCAACCCCUGAAAAACAACACCUGAAUUCAAUGAUUUGGAGGGGUGUCCCAAUACAUUUGGCAAUAUAGUGUAUAUACAUCCACGAAAGCUGAUGCUGGAAUAUUGCCAACAGAUUUAGCUGGAGAACUUUUAUAACUUUUAGACCAAAAAAUAAACAACCUGUAUACAUAAUAAUUCCAAUCCUGCAGUGAUUUUACUGCUUUUACCUCAUCAUCAUUUGUCAGAUAAUUAUAACGUCGCCUUUGCACUUUUUCGAGAAGUGCCUCUGUUUGUGUAACCCAGUACAGCAAAAAAUAAUCAUAGACCACUUUGAGCACUUGCUGAAAAACAAGAACCUCACGUCAAUGCAGUAUGUAAGAACACAGACCAAAGAGUGUAAAUAUUGUGUACUUGCUUUCUAUAUUUUUUUAAAAAAAUAAUAAUAAUUUUCUAUGUAACAGAAGUAAAUCUAGUUUAUAUCUGGGUUUAAUGUGAAAUAAGCUGAAUUGAUUUUUUUUUUAUUGUAUAACUGUAAUAUGAUAUCAUAAUAAAUGUGUAUUAUAUGAUAAACUAGAACUUUUUGCUAGAUUUUCUUAAAAAAAAUUGAAAUGAUAUUUUUAAAGGAUACAUACAGAGGUGCCCAAAAAAUGUAUACACACUUAAGCGGUUGUUAUCUAUGCCGUUUUUUAUGCUUCCUCUAAAGAUUGUCAGUAGUCACACCAUCGCUGAUCAGAAAGAGCCAAAGAAAAUGGCGGAGGCACGCUUGAUUUUAGAGCGAUGCAAGAUCGUUUUGAAGUGGCAUUGCAAAUUUGGACUUGUGUUUGGAACAGAAACACCAACACCAUCAACAUUCACGUGAAUUUGUGAUGUUUUUCCUAUAGCAGUUCGCCGAAAUAAGUGUCUGGAUGCUUAGAGUGACCACUUUUAGUACUUAAUGUGAUUGCGUAACAUGACUUACAGCUACCACUGACCGGUGAAGUGAAUAAGACUGAUGAUCUCCUCAUCAUGGCACCUGUUAGUGGGUGGGAUAUAUUAGGCAGCAAGUGAACAUUUUGUUCUCAAAGUUGAUGUGUUAGAAGCAGGAAAAAUGGACAAGCGUAAGGAUUUGAGCGAGUUUGAUGAAGGGCCAAAUUGUGAUGGCUAGACCACUGGAUCAGAGCAUCUCCAAAACUGCAGCUCUUGUGGGGUGUUCCCGGUCUGCAGUGGUCAGUAUCUAUCAAAAGUGGUCCAAGGAAGGAACAAUGGUGAACCGGUGACAGGGUCAUGGGCGGCCAAGGAUCAUCGAUGUACGUGGGGAGAGAAGGCUGGACCGUGUGAUCCGAUCCAACAGACGAGUUACUGUUGCUCAAAUUGCUGAAGAAGUUAAUGCUGGUUCUGGUCUCCGAAUACACAGUACAUUUUUUGGAGCAAAAGGGGGACCGAUACUAUAUUAGGCAGCUGCUCAUAAUCUUGUGUGUGUGUUUUCAGGUAUGAUUUGCAUGGAUGUGGAACUUUUUCCAUUUUCGAUCAUUUAGCCUAAUCUGCUCCAGGUUUUUUGCUGCAGUAUUGCACUUUUACAGAAGUUACAGUUUAAUGACUUAUCUAAUCAGGCUCUUGCCGGAUCGUAUAAUAAAUCGGAACGUCGCGUCUGCGUUUGAUAAAUCAGCCGAUGAACCCUUGCUGAUCGUGUACCGCAAUCUUUCCGUAAUGAAGGCUCAUCUUUCAGAUUUAUUCAAGCCCAUUGGAGGCGCUCAGAAAUGAAAGCCUCGUCCUGUCGCCUUUGAAACCCCAAUCUGCUUUUAAUAAUUCAUUUACAAGAAGGAAAAAAAAAAAAAAGGACUGCCGGGUGUUUGGGAUGCGGCAGAGAGUUUUACAGCAGUCGAUGGAUCUGCUUAGCAGAGUUAGGGAGAGGAUAGCAGGCUCAUCUUGUGCUAGUGACUACAGAAAAAAAAUCUUUUAUCUGUUGAAGUUUACACCUUGGAUGUGUUGUAUAGGUUGUAUUAUAUCCAUGAAUAAAAACUCUUGGAAGGUGUGUUAUAGGAAAAUAAUCAACAAAUCACUACUUUUAUCCUUUUAUAAUACUUUUUAUCCAUUUACAGUUACAUUUACUGUUAACAGCUCUCACCAGACACUCUUUCUUUCUUUCCUGAAGGAUGUCAGGUUUCCAAAAACACAAAAAUUCUUGGAAAAUAUAGUUACGUCUGUGACUGUUACUAUAGUCAUUACAAAGAUAUUAAACAGCUCCUCAUAGAACAUCUCCAUAUAAAGAAUUUCCUCCAGGAUUAAUGAAGUUCCAUCUUAUCUUAUCUUAUCUUAUACCCACACCAGUGCCCUCCAUACAGUGAGUUGUUGCCAUAGAAACGAUAACGUAUUGCCUGAGCUGCUGUUAUAUUUGAAAAUGAACCGAUGCCUUUUCCGAGCCAAUCAGAAUCGAGCAUUUGAGAGCACAUGUUCACAUCCUGCAUCCUUAUAAUGAUGCCUUCGAAAUAAUUCUGUUGUUCCUUGUUUGUCCGUUCAUCUUCCACCUCUUGGCUAAAAAACCUCCAGCAUCAGUAUGAUAAUGUGGAAAAAGCAUUAUUAGCUUCUCUACGAACAUUUUAACCUUGACAGAAUCGUGCCACAUUCCUGACUCAUGUUGUUUACUCUCCGCUGCUAUCCUGCGUUUGAGUCAUCUUUUUUCAUCUGUUAGGAAUAAUUCUAGAGUCUAAAAUGGCUCAGAUGAUGAUUCUGAGCUUCGGCUGAUUUCAUGAAUGGAAGAAAGUGGAGCAUUUAUUAAUUUGUCCAUUAUUAGAUUAUUAAUGGAUUUAGGCCACAACAUGGACCCUGUAAAAUAUUUUCCAUUGGUUGAUUACUUUAGAGGCUUUGCACCAUGAUGGUGUAUUUCCACACGUGUAGCUACACUAUAUUGCCAAAGGAUUUGGGACACAUGCACAUGAAUUUAAUAUGGAGUUGUCCCGCCCUUUGCAGCUAGAAUAGAAAAGCUAACUUCAAGGUUUAGGAGUGUGUUUAUGUUUCACCAUUUCACCAUGUUUUCACCCACAUGGAAAAACAACGAGUUUCCCACUCGUAAUUCCGACUUAUGAUAGCAUUCAUGUCCGUUCAACUCGUAAUUACCAUCUUUCCGACAUGAUUUGAACGCAUCGUGUUUCUCAUUCUUUUAAUGGUGCAAGUAAGGUACAUCUAUAAGUAUGUUUCAUUCACAUUUAUUACGUUUAAUAAUUUAUAAUGCUUUAUGAGGUUGUGGGAAGACAGUGUGUGUAUUGUGCCGCAAUGAAAUUGUGCAGGAUUUAUUGUUUAUAAUAAUAUUACUCUGUAUAAUGUAGGCUACCUACUUCCAGCCAAACUGUAUUGGAAUUAAACUGUAUAAAAGUAAGCAGGACCUAUGAAGAUGUGCAUGUGUUUUAAUGCUAUUUUGUUAGUAGAAAGUGUUUAUUGUGUUUAGUGUACAUGCAUAAAUGAUACAUUCUCAGUGUGAUGUGCCAACACUGCAAAAAAAAAAAGAAAAAAUAUUGUAAUAAUAAUAAUAAUAGCAACAAAAACAACAACAAUA